CGCUCGCGCAUCCGCUCCUCCGACGAGCGGCGCUUCUUCCCGACGCGCGCGCGCGCUAUACACGCCUCGUCUGUAAAAUCCUUUAGGCGAGCACCUCAGCGCGCUCCGAAGCUUGCGGGAGGUCAGAAUAUUCCAGACACGGGAAUAGCUAGAAAGGAACGAACGUGGAAAGGACUAUAAAGGAUUUAAAACAUCAGCAACAACAAGAAGAGCAUAGAUAUAUAUACAGAAACGCGCAGACAACAAGUGGCGCGUGAGGGCAAUCCUCAAUAAAUCUGGCGUCGCAGAAGCGGGGAUGAACCUGCUGCGCCCGGGCUCCGGUUUCGGCAUGGCGGGCUGGCGGCUGGUGUGCGUCGCUGUGGCGCUCGCGCUGUGGAGGCCCGCGGAGUCGUGUCCCGCCGCCUGCACGUGCACGGGCUUCAGAAUUUACUGCGCCGACACCGAGCGCAGCAUUGCGGCUUUCCCUGCGCUCAGCGAGCCCGAGAUGGAGAACAUCACCGACAUAUAUAUUGCAAACCAGAGCAGCUUCUCCUCCAUCAACGAUAAAGACCUGACCUUCUACCGCAACCUCCGAAAUCUGACAGUGACCAACACGAGGCUGACGUAUGUGUCCCGGCAGGCUUUUCAGAACAACGUCAAACUGCAAUACCUGAACCUGAAGGAUAACAAUCUGUCUUCACUGUCCUGGAAGACGGUUCACCAUCUGAACAUUUCCUACUUGCUUCUGUCUGGAAACCCGCUGCAGUGCUCGUGUGAGAACAUGUGGAUGAAGCAGGGGCGAGGCGACGAAUCCGAGGCAGCCGAGCUCCUGUGUGUGGAGGAAGGAGGGAAGAGGAGGCAUCUGUCCAAGCUCAUUUUGCCCAACUGUGUUGUCCCUACAGUCACUCUCCGUCCUAAAAAUCUCACCCGGAUGGCGGGUUCGAACAUAACCCUGACUUGUAAUGCCUCAGGAAUGCCCACUCCCGAAAUCAACUGGAUCACCUGCCCGCUCAAUUCAAGCUAUGAGAUUGUGACUACAGGACAGUCGUCCACACUCAAACUCAGAGAUCUCUCAUCCCUCGAUGACGAAUGUAAAAUCACGUGCAGCUCUGAGAACACAGCCGGGGAGAAUGAAGUCUCUCGGCACCUCGACAUUCACUUCCCUCCGACAAUCAGCAAGCUCACGGACGCCAUCGCCGACCACCACUGGUGCAUCCCCUUCAGCGUAUCUGGCAACCCAAAGCCGAACCUGUACUGGCUGUUACAGGGAGAGACUCUGACUGAGGGGGCCUUCAUCAACACCCGGGUUCACGAUUACUCCGAGCACGAGUAUCACGGCUGCCUGCAGCUCGACAGUCCCACACACAUCAAUAACGGCGAGUACACACUGCUGGCCAGCAACCCUUACGGCACCGACCGCAAAUCCAUAUUCGCUCACUUCAUGCACAACCCGUGGAACGACACAACAGCCACCGAUUCUCUCUACUACGACCCUACUACAGAUGACACACCUAUCGAGCCACCUGAGGACCGAGUUGCUGUGUACGUGGUCGUGGGAAUCGCCGCCAUCACAUUCACCGGCUUUGUCCUGAUGCUGGUCGUCCUCAAGUUUGGCCGCAAUUCAAAGUUCGGCAUUAAAGGGCCUUCGUCGGUCAUUAGCAACGACGAUGACUCAGCCAGUCCUCUCCAUCACGUGUCGAACGGCUCGAACACGCCGUCGUCCUCGGACAUGAACCCCGACGCCGUCAUCAUCGGCAUGACCAAGAUCCCCGUCAUCGAGAACCCGCAGUACUUCCGCAGCACCAGCAGCCUGCUCAAAUCCGACACCUUUGUCCAGCACAUCAAGAGGCACAACAUUGUGCUCAAGAGAGAACUCGGUGAAGGAGCCUUCGGGAAAGUGUUCUUGGCUGAAUGCUACAAUCUCAAUCUUUCACACGACCAGGACAAGAUCCUCGUGGCCGUCAAGACCCUAAAGGAAGCCAGCGAGAAUGCCCGCAAAGACUUCCACCGCGAAGCCGAGCUGUUGACCAACCUGCAGCACGAGCACAUCGUCACCUUCUAUGGCGUGUGCGUGGAGAGCGACCCCCUCAUCAUGGUGUUCGAAUACAUGAAGCACGGAGACCUCAACAAGUUCCUCAGGGCUCACGGUCCUGACGCUGUGUUAAUGGCAGAUGGUCAGGUGCAGCAGCAGGCCGAGCUCACACAGUCUCAGAUGCUGCACAUUGCUCAGCAGAUCGCAGCAGGGAUGGUGUAUCUGGCCUCGCAGCACUUUGUACACAGAGACUUGGCCACACGUAACUGCCUCGUUGGUGAGAACCUGCUGGUGAAGAUCGGAGACUUCGGCAUGUCCCGCGACGUGUACAGCACGGAUUAUUACCGGGUGGGCGGUCACACCAUGCUGCCGAUCCGCUGGAUGCCACCGGAAAGCAUCAUGUACAGAAAGUUCACCACCGAGAGUGACGUCUGGAGCCUGGGAGUAGUGCUGUGGGAAAUAUUUACCUACGGGAAACAGCCCUGGUACCAGCUCUCCAACAACGAGGUGAUUGAGUGCAUCACUCAGGGUCGUGUGUUGCAGCGGCCGCGCACUUGUCCGAAGGAGGUGUAUGACCUGAUGCUGGGCUGCUGGCAGAGAGAACCACACUCUCGCCUCAACAUCAGAGAGAUCCAUAACCUGCUGCUCAACCUGGCCAAGGCCUCACCGGUCUACCUGGACAUCCUGGGAUGAGUGUGUGUGUGUGUAUGUUUGUGUGUACGUGUAUGUGUGUGUCCCCAAACUGCACUCUAUGUUCCUUUUUCCUUCUUGUCCUCCCCCGUCCCUCACAAUUCCUUCCAUCCUGCUCGUCCUAUCCUUAAGGUCUAGUGCGGAAGGCAGCAGGAGCCUCAUUUAUCAGUAUUAUUAAAGAAGGACUGAAACAUGACACCAAAGACCUUCCACGCCGGCGGACCACUCCUCUACUGGGCAGACACUAGAAACGUUACUGUAAAUAUCGUCUUCUCCAGAAACGCAUCAUUUCCAGGACUUCAGGAAGGGCCCUUCACGUUCUGCCAACUUUACGAAACGGGUGGAAAUGUACCGUGACCGUGUCACACGGGGGGGUGGGGGGGGAGAAGUAUCUCCGAAGGCUCCCUCAUCCGAUCCUUCCUGAACAUGUGCAUAUGUAAUAAAUACAGUUCUGAAGCAAGAUGUUUGACAGUAGCAUGGAGACCUAGAUAUCAAAACACAGUAUGGUUUUACACUUUGAUGAUUUUUACAGCAAAAAUGUUCAGGAUCGUAGUCUUUAGAGCACCGAGAACCUUCAAGGUGGUCCUGGUAGUGCACUACUGUGAAUGCGGGGGAUAUCGAAGUCAUUUGAGACGAGGCCAUACCCAUGCUUCAAUAUGGUUAGUGCGCAUUUAGGACAAGAGCCCAAUUAUACAGAGUGGCUGAUUAUGAUGGGGUAGGCUAAAUUACGACCCCACCCCUCCCACUAGCCCCCCACCCCCCUUCCCUCCUCCCUCACUUGAAUUAUCAGAGUUGAAGCAGUGAUGUAGUACUCAAGCCGGGAGCACACAGCUGUUAUGGUGUAAUAUAUAUUUCAUUACAGUACUAAUGUCUGCUAUUAGCACCUAUUCCCUACAGACUCGUACAGAACCUAGAUGGGAUGAAAGGAACGGAGGGGGGAAAAAAGGGGGUAAAAAUAACAUUUUCCAAAACUCCAAACCGAAUAAGAAGUGUAUUUAUUGUAUCAUUACACAAUCCCCAGACUUCUAUUUGCGAAUGCACUUUUUGUUAAUAACAAACCAAGUCUUCAGCCACAUGAACACUGGUAUUAAUUACUUGAUUAAAUUUUUUUUUUGUGUGUGAUUUUAUCCAUCUUUGCUUAGUUAUUGGGAAAUAACUAACAUGUAUAACAUCGAGAGUGAGCAACAAGUAUACACAUUUGCCUUCUUUUUCUUCACACACACACACACACACACACACACAUAUAUAUAUAUUGGUUUUUGGUUUCGUGAGGUAAAAACAAAAAAUAAACCAAGAUUAAUCAUGUCAGAACAGAAAGUGUGACAGUACAGCAUCUGAAAAUGAAGUAAAAAUAUUCAGAAACAAAAAUUUACAGUAAAAAC